AUACAAAAUGCAAUGUGUCAGACCAUUUCAGAUCAUUUCACUGAAGCACAUCUCAAUUGCAGUACCUGCUAUUAGUGCGCUGACAAAAGAAGCUUUGCCAUCGGCUGGGAUAUGAAUAACUCAACUGAUUACUGGAUUGAGGAUGAGGAGGAUGAGCUCAACUCUGUUAUAGAUUACAAUACAUAUGAGCUUCUCUGUGAAAAAAAUGAUGUGAGAAAUUUCAGUAAAUUAUUUCUCCCUGUGUUCUAUGCAUUGGCUUUCACUGUUGGAGUCGCUGGCAAUUCAUUAGUGGUCGCAAUUUAUGCCUAUUGCAAGAAACCGAAGACUAAGACGGAUGUGUACAUCAUGCAUCUAGCCGUUGCUGAUUUGCUCUUGCUCUUUACACUCCCUUUUUGGGCUGCAAAUGCAGUGCAGGGAUGGGAACUUGGAAACGCCAUGUGCAAGCUCACUUCUUCUCUGUACACCAUGAAUUUCAGCUCUAGCAUGCUGUUCCUGGCCUCUAUCAGUGUGGAUAGAUACAGGGCUACUUCUGAAUCCCAGGGUUAUAGAAGAACCGGUAAACACUGCAGUGUUACCUGCCUCUGUGUCUGGCUAUCUGCCAUUUUCCUCAGUAUCCCUGAACUGAUAUUUAAUCAAGUCAAGAAACACAAUGACAGGAAUGAAUGCCUUCCUGUAUUUCCAAUGAACAUGGAAACGCUCUUAAAAGCAACCAUUCAAAUCCUGGAAAUUAUCCUGGAAUUUCUGCUUCCUUUCCUAGUAAUGCUGAUCUGCUAUUCAGCUACUGCUCGAGCAAUCUUUAGAUCUGCAAAUGCUAAAAAAACUAGACCUUUCAUGGUUCUCCUGGCAGUAGUGGCUACUUUCAUUAUUACCCAGGUACCGUACAACAUUGUUAAGUUCUGGCGAGCCAUUGAUAUCAUCUACAUGCUGAUUACUGACUGUGAUGUGAGUAAAACCAUAGACAUCACACUCCAGGUCACCAAGAGCAUAGCUUUUUUUCACACCUGCCUGAACCCUCUUCUCUACACCUUUCUGGGUGCCUCUUUUAAAAUGCAUAUUAUGAAAAUCGCAAAAAAUUAUGGAUACUGGAGAAGGCAACAAGAGAAUGGAAGACCUGAAGAAAUUUCUAUGAAUUAUGAAGACCAUACUGAAGAAACAAUUAGUUUCACUAUAUAGACUCUCCAUUACUUCCAUUAUCUUAUAUAACCAAGGGAAUUAUUUACUAAUUCUGAGGGUAUUGUUUCAGCAGCUGUUUGUCUGCAAGUCAACUUUCAGAUUAAUUUCUGAACCUGCAGACUAGCCAAGACACUACAGUGCAGUUCAAAGUGAACAUGUUGAUCAAAAUCAAGCAUCAGGCAAGAACUAAAUACUGAAAUUUCUAGAAACAACUAGAGAUACUUACGGGGAAAAAAAACCCAAACCCAAACCUCCCAAAACAACAACAAAACCCAAACACCUAAAACUUCCCAAGAUUUAAAUUUGAAAGGGUCACAGCACUAGGCACGUAAAUAGCUGUGUAAUGAACAAUCUGCACAU